ACUGCUCUAAACUGCGUAACAGAAAUUAGUUUGUCUUAGAUCUAGAUCUAGACUCUAACUAGGCCUAACCUGACAUUGUGAAACGACACGCUACAUAAUAAUAAAAAAUUAUAAAAGAUAAAUGGAAGGUGUUUAUUUAGACUACAAUGCAACAACACCUUUAGCAUCAGAAGUUGUUCAGGCUAUUUCUGAAUCGCUGACACAGUCAUGGGGAAAUCCAUCUAGUUCACAUAUAGCAGGUGUAAGUGCCAAAAACACAAUAACUACAGCACGAACACAUGUUGCUAACAUGAUUGGAGCCAAUCCUCCAGAUAUUAUUUUUACAUCUGGAGGAACAGAGGGGAACAAUUGGAUUUUACAUAUUGCUAAACAACAGUUUCAAAAGCAGUUAUCACUGAAAGAUCAACAAACAGGAGAUAACAAUGUGUGCCUUAAUCGACCUCACUUUAUAACCUCCAAUAUAGAACAUGAUUCUAUCAAACUUGUCUUGGACCAUUACAAAGCUGAAGGGUUGGCAGAUGUGACAGAAGUCCCUGUACGCCACUCUACUGGAGCUGUCCAUGUUGAUGAUGUGCUAGCAGCUAUUCGUCCUACAACUGUACUCAUUACUAUUAUGCUUGCUAACAAUGAAACAGGUGUUAUCCAGCCUAUUUCAGCAGUGAGUCAAAAAGUUAAGUCCCUGAAGAGACAGAAAGGUGAAACUGAGAAGAUUUUUAUCCACACAGAUGCUGCACAAGCCAUUGGAAAAAUUCCUGUCAAUGUUAAAGAACUUGGUGUUGAUUACCUGACAAUAGUUGGUCACAAAUUUUAUGGUCCAAGGAUUGGCGCUAUAUAUGUAAAGAAUCCAUCUGAAACCACACCAUUGUAUCCUAUGUUUUUUGGUGGAGGACAAGAAAGGAACUUCAGGCCUGGUACAGAAAAUACACCCAUGAUAGCAGGGUUAGGAAAGGCUGCAGAACUUGUCUAUAAGAACCUACAGCACUACCAGUCCCAUAUGCUUGAUGUAAGGGAUUACUUGGAACAGAGACUAAAAGAAAUCUUUGGAGAGCAUGUUAUUUUCAAUGGGAAAACCAACAAAAGUGAUCGACUACCAAAUACAUGUAAUGUGUCUUUUGUCGGUCCUGAUAUGAUGAAAGGUCAUGAGAUUCUGUCUAGCCUAACCAGUAUACAGGCUAGUGUGGGAGCUGCUUGUCAUGCACAAGACAGGCCAUCCCAUAUUCUGCUUGCUACAGGAGCAACUGAGUUUGCUGCUUUCAGAGCUCUGCGCAUUUCUGUUGGAAGGGAAACAACAAAAGAUGAUAUAGACUUUGCUGUAAAAGAAUUACAAUCAUUGCUUAUUCAAAAAUAAAACAUGCAACAAUUUA